AUGCCCGGUGUGAAAGCAACGGCGUUGAGUGCUGCUGUUCUGGUUUCCGCUGCACGGGCCGAACCUUUGAAGGUCGGCGGCGUUGACCUGGACACUCCGCCAUCCCACUGUGCACCGCUCCGCGAUGCCGAGGUGCCCAAAGCUGCCACCUUGGGCUUCGUAUCCGGUGCCAUGACGGCCUCUGCUGUCUACUGGAUUCGCAGGGAGCAGCGUCGAAGACGUCAGCCUAGCAAAGCGACGCAUCCGCGAGAGUGGGCCGUUUGGACACGACUCGAUAGGAAAAAGAAAGGCUACGUCACGCGCAAAGAUCUAAAGUCCUUGUGCUACAGAUUCGAGUCUGAUGAGCACGCAGAACACCUGGCAAAGCAGCUGGACCCGUGGGGAAUGGAUCAUAUCAAUUUCAGCAGCUUCAUCAACAACUUCAAGGUUGUGCAGAUGAUGCGACAAGCAGGAAGACUGAAGCUGUGGCAUCGGUGUUGCGGCCUUGGGGUGGCUGGAAACGUGGCAGGGCACAUGGCGCAAGCCGGCGAGGCUGGACAGGAGAGCCAUUCUGCCACGAAGCCAGCCGCCAUCUUCAGCUACUACAUGCCUCCUCACCCGUAUCAGGUCAGCGACCAGCAGGCAGACAAGAAACGACUACAGGAAUUUCCGGUGACCUAUGCAGUCAUCGACUACCCAAAGCUCCCUGGUGCUUGCAAGGUUCAAGUUGAACCUGAGCUCGGGCUGCUGGUUGACAUCGUUUACACGAAGGACCGCAAGCGCGUCGACCACCUGGUCCCCAGGCGAGUGGCUGCCUUCAACGAUUGCUCUAUUCGCAGCUUGGAGGGUGCAGAGAAGCUGAGCAUGAAGAAGAACUGGGGCUUCGGCAGCAAAGGAAUUAGCCUCCGAAGCUUUCCAAUCGACAGCUUCGGUCCGGGCACCUUCGUCGACUUCCUCGCGCUGGUGUCCUACAUGAAGCGGGACGGAGAGGUCUUCCAGUACUCUGUGAAGGCGCCAGUCAGGAACUACUUGCUCUUCCAUGAGCCACUCUUGGAGUGGAUCGUUGAGCAGAUUAACGGUCAAAAAGACACGGACAAGUGGGAGGAGAUAUUUCCUCAACUUGCCGCGAGCGAUUUCCCGACCUCCUCGUGGAUUGCGCUCGGGGCUGGCGAGUACACAGACUAUGGGGCGACGCAUUUCUUGCAGCCACUUGAUGAGGUGGUCGUGGUCGUGUAUGACGAGCGAGUGAUGCCUGAUGGUCCCGGUAUGGCACAAGUUCUGGAGAUGUUCGAGGCGCUUCGGAUCCGCACGAUUCGGAUUGAUGACGUCGUGAAGGCUCCCGGUGAAGCUCUGCUCACCCGGCCGCUUCUCCGCAUCGCGACACGAGUGCAGGCUUUGGAGAUCGUCGCGGAUCGCCUGGGGGAUGCGGGCAGCUGCGACACGUUGCAGGCAGCCGGAAAAUUCACCACGGGAGCCCUGAGCAUCCGACUGCAUCCGACCGAGGCCUGGGCUCAGGAGCGCCGGGUCACGCCAUCAGGACAGCAGCUGACGCCCGAGGCCGUGGAGAAGGGAAUCGAGAUCUGGAAGGUGCAGAAGGCAUCUGCAAAGCGCACGGCAGGAACACUGCCACAGACCACGACACCUACAGAUCAAAACGCCCUCGAUGGCAAGAGGCAGAGAAAGCUGAGCUAUGAAGAGAGGGCCAAGGAGAGGAAGGCCGAAGAGGCCAAGUUGGUGGAGAUGACACAGCGCAGAUUCGAAGAGGUCCUGGCAGAGAUCCAAGGACACGCCGAGGAGCUGCUCCGGCGACGCAGCACGGAGGCACUCGAGGAGUUCCGCAGCACGGCCCCUGGAGAUCGGCGGGAGCUCUACACGAGAAUCGUGCACAAAGAGCAGGAGCCGGAUGCAUCGCCUCCGGAAAGCCUCCAAGCCGAGCUGCUGAACCACCAGGUUGAGGGCUUGGAAUGGCUGGCCUCGCUUUACGUGAAUGGUCUGCAUGGUAUCUUAGCGGAUGAAAUGGGCCUUGGGAAAACGAUACAGUCCAUCGCUCUGCUGCUCCAUCUGCAGGAGCGCAAGCAGAACGCUGGGCCACACCUCAUCGUCGCCCCGAAAUCCUGCUUGGGGAACUGGCAGGCCGAAUUCCAGCGCUUUGCGCCAUCCGUGGUGGUGCAUGUCCUUGUUGGGGACCAGGAGUCGCGAGAGGUGGAGCUGUCGGCCUUUCAACGGAGCCUGUGUGGUAACCAGGUCGUUGUUUGUGUCACCAACUACGAGCAGGUUCACCGCAACGAACUCCUGAUGAAGACCGACUGGCAGCUUGUGAUCGUGGAUGAAGGUCACCGGCUCAAGAAUCCCGAGACCUUGCUGCACGCAACCAUGACCAAGCUCAGGCCAGUUCAGCUUGGCGGUUCAGCCGAGCAGGUGUCGAAUGCGGUUGCUUUUGACCGGCACUCCGCUUCAGAACAGCUGGAGCCUCGGAAGAACCAGAUCAUGAAGCUGAAGCUGUCUGCUGCGUUCCAGCAUCCAUUGUUUGAUUUUCUUAAGCUAAGCUUCCCAGCCGAGAAGCAGAUGAUACGUAGCGCGUGGGUCAGCACACCGAUUUCCCUGAGCCCCAGCGGCCCCAGCCAGCCGAAAGCUCGGUCGCUGGCCCUCGCGGCGCUCUGCAGUUCUCUGCUCUGUACAGAGGGUUCUCGACGCAGACAACGAAGUGUGGCCCGAUGCAGCUUGGAGAGCCAAAGUUCGAGCUCUUCGAGCUCUGCAAGCCCUAUCGACGACUGGCACUCCGGUCGCCUCAGUGCAUUAUCCUCGGGACUUGACUGGACGCGAUGCUUCGUCUCCGUCCUCUUCGUUGAUUCGGCCCGGACUCCGGGCUACGUCCGCGCACGCUUGGCCCAGCGCCUGGCAGACGCUGCCGCUGAGUGGAACGGCAUGGGACGAGUCCUGGAGUUUUACGCCUGCUCGUCGCGCGAGCAGCCCGACAGCUCUGACGGCAUCUCAGAGGUUUUCUCGGAAGCCGGGAUGGUCAAGGACAGCAUCUCUGAGUUUGCCCAAAACGUGGGGAUGGACUCAGAGGAGCUGCAGCAGAUUUUCCGGAAGCUGGGUGCUGGUAUGUGGGCUUCCUUGAGCCAGGAAGCUUUACGUGAGCACGAUGUUAUUGUUGCGCUGGACGAUGCUGCUGCGACUGCCGUGAAUGAAGAGCUUGUUCGGCAGGGCUUGCCCACUGGAUGCAUGCUCUUGAGCGAUUUCGAGUGGCAGCUGCUGCGUAAGAAGGAGGCUUUUCUUCGGACAAGCUGUGCAGACGGCUCUGGCGAGCGCUUUCAAACGCUGGAGUCAUUACAGGCAAUGGAGAGACAUGUUUUCGAGUUUGGGGAGGAUCGAAGAAGUGUCGCCGACCUGGACGUCCCUCCAUGGCCUCGCAGGCCUGUGGGUCUCGGCAAAAAUGACAGUAGCGUCGGGGACUGGCGGCGUUUGCAUGCUGCGCUUCUGCAGGGCAGCUGGGGCGUCGUGUGGUUCCUGUUUUUGUCUUGGCAGGCGAACUACUGCAAUCCGUUGAGUCAAGCUUUCGACCACUACGACGCCUUCCCCCGUAAAGAUGAGCCCUCCGCGCCUGACGAGCCAUAA